AUGGUGCAAUAUCCAAAUCUCUAUGUAUUAGUAGCAAAGAAGAAAGCAAAGAUUAAGGAACUUUACAAUAAUAUGAAUGGGGGUACAUUUUGGGAUUGGGCAUGGACCAGGGCUCCGAACACUGAUGUGGAGAAACAAGAGAUCGAUUCUCUAAAGGUACAAUUACAACAACAAAAAAGGUCUCAUGUCGGGGACAUUUGGGUUUGGAGGAAUCAUGAACAUCAAGAAUUUAGUGUCAAAAAUGUGAAACUUACAUUAGGCCGAAACCUGGAUUUGAACUCAUCUCCGAGUAUGUUUUGCUGGAACAGUUGGGCGACCGGUAAAAGUGCAGCUUUCGUAUGGCGAGCAAUAGAAAACAAGAUUCCAUCAGUCGUGGCAUUGAGAGACAGAGGCAUAAACCUGCAGGACGUUACCUGCAAAAUAUGUGGAGCUCGAGAUGAAUCUGCAGAACAUAUUCUGCUGAGUUGCAACUUGGCGGCAAGAUUAUGGGAGGCAGUGAAAAACUGGACCAAAACACAGUCGGUCAACAUAAAUGGCAGCAUAGCGGAACUGUUACAAUCGAUACUCGAAGGUCAAAGGAGUCGACAUAGGAGAAAAAUGUUACACGCAAUAGCAAUACAAUCGAUGUGGAUUUUAUGGAAAAACAUAAACGAAAAAGUUUUCACAGGCAAACUGAGAUCGGCCCAGAUGAUUAUCGAGGAUAUAAAGGAUACGUCAUUCCAAGGUGUGAAACUACGAUCAAAAUAUAGCUCGAUCACAAAACAAGAAUGGUGGGAUUUCAAUUUUAUCUUGUAG